CGCAAUGUUGGAAAAUGGUCAGAAGAGCAAGCAGUGCAAGAGAUUGUAUUAGAUGAGAGGAGGCGGAUCCUUAGAGAAGAGCAUCCAAACACCAUCACGGCGAUGAACAACCUCGCUGCCAAACUCACACAGCAAGGGCAGCCAGACGAGGCAGCCAGGAUAUUCAAGGAAAUGCUAGAGAAGAUGAAGCCGAUCCGAGGAGAGGAGCAUCCAGACACUAGGACAGCCGCACAGAAUCUUGAAAUUGUGGUAUAA